AUGAGUGAUGAUAUUAAAGAAAAAAAUUUAUUAAGUUGUUCUAAAACUUACGAGUACAAUAGGAGUUUUGAUAAGAAUUUUAAAAAUCUUGAUAAUAAUAAGAAAACCAAUAUUGUUGAUGAUGAAGACAAAUUCAAGAUUUAUAUCGAUGAAGUUUCUGAUAAUCAGUGUGCAGUUAUAAAAAUUGACAGUAGUGAAUAUUGCAUAUUGUUCGAUCUAGAAAAUGGAAACCGCAUCGGGUAUCCUGAUAAAGUUGAAAAGGAAAUUAAAAAAGAUAAAAUUGAUGAAAAAAAAGAAAAAGAAAAAAUCGAUGAAAAAGACAAAAUUGAUGAAAAAGAAAAAGAAAAAGGAAAAAAAGAAAAAGGAAAAAAAAAAGGAAAAAAAGAUAACAAAAAAGAAAAAUAUACAAAAGUUAUUUUUCAGAACAAUAGAAACUCAAAAUCUGAAUCAGUGGAACUAAUAAUGUUGAGAAGAAGCGAUAGAGAUGAAAAAAAGUAUAAAGUAUAUUCCAUGAAAUAUAACAAAGGUGAUGCUCGUGCCGAACUUCUUGAUACACAUAAUAUUUAUAGUGAUGAUACCCCAAGAAUUUAUUAUGAUGACACAUAUUUUCUUGUUGCUGCUAAUCAUUCAUUGGUAUCGGAAUGGGAUCGUAUGAGUCAGAAUCGUUUUUAUGGCAAUUACAAUUACAAUUACAAACAAAAUUAUUACUUAAAAUCUAAUGAUUAUAUGGUUCUUAAUAAAAAAAGCAAUGCGGAAGAGGCAUUAAUGGUGGCUGAUUAUCUUGAAUUUAAGAAAAAAGUUCAUAUUAAAAAAGUAGAUUUCAUUUAUGUAAAAAGUGACACAUUGGUAUUUGAGGAGGAAAAGGAUGAUGAUGAGGUGGCUGAAUCGGAGGAAAAAUCAAAUAAAAGAUUAUUCGAUGAUAUUUGGACUCAAUAUUUGGACUUAACAAAAGAAAACGCAGAUGAUGAUUUAUCAAGUUUAAAUGAUGAAAUUAAUAAGAUUUCGACAAAAUAUUGGGAAUCAACAACAAAUAAAGAAAGAGAAGAAGAUAUAAAAAAAUUCAAUAAUAAAAUUAAUAAAGUCAAAGAGGUUUCUUCAAAAAAAUAUUGGAAGGAAAGAAGAGAGGACAAAAAAAAAUUAGCAUGUUUAGAAGACGAAGUCAAUAAAAUUCAUAAAGCUUCUUUGGAAAAAUAUUGGACAUCAAAGGAAAAAGAGAGAGAAUAUUUAGCAAAAUUAGAAAAUAAAAUCAAAGGAAUCGAAGGUAAUAUUUCAAUAUCAACAACAGAAAAAGUAAAAAAAGAUUUAGCAAAAUUACAAGUUAAAAUCAAGGAAAUCAAGGAAAAUUAUUGGACAUUAGAGAAAAACGAAAAAGAAGAUUUAGUAAAAUUAGAAGAUAAAAUCAAAAAAAACAAAGAUUCGAAUCAAAAAGAAAAUGAAUAUUUAACAGAUCUAAAAAAUGAAAUUGAUGAAAUCAAUGAAAUCAAUGAUUUGGAUCAAUGUUUAAUAUUAGAAAAAAAAAAAGAUUUAACAGAAUUAGAAGAUGAAAUCAAUAGAAUCAAUGAUGAUAUUUUGAAUCAGUCAACAAUGAAAAAAGAAAAAGAUGAUUUACCAAAAUUAGAAGAUGAAAUUGAUAUUUUGGAAAAAUAUUGGACAUCAGAGAAAUCAGGGAAAGAAAAAUAUAUAAAAAAAUUUGAAAAUAAAAUCAAUAGAAUUACAAAAAAAAUGAGACUAUAUGAAAACCCUAUCAUUAAAAUUGGAAAAGAUUAUAAAUGGACCAUCACUCAUAACAAAGAACAUCAACAUAUAAAUAUAAGGGCUCUAAACAAAAACAGCAACAGUAGUAGUGACUAUGAAUUAUCAUAUGAAGAAGAAUUCAUUCAAUGCAAGUUAUUUGAUGAUAGAUUGACCUUAAUAACAACAAAUUAUAUACAAAUUUUUGCUGUUGAUGAAAAGAAAAAUUUGAUAUAUGUUAGAUAUAUUAGAAGUCAUAAAUUGAGUAUAGAAGGUUUAAAAAAAAGCAUCAAGUCUAUUGAAAAAGAUUAUGAAGCUUUUGAACGGGAAUCUGGCAUAUCAGAAUGGCUCAUAAGG